GAGGAGGAGGAGCAGGAGGAGGAAGCGGAAGCAGGACAUCAGACAGGAGACAGGGGUUGUGGUGUAGUGUUUAGUGUGGUCGUGGCGUGGCAUGGCGUCGUGGACACAGAAAUGCCUAUCCUGCGUGAUUACUCACAUUCACUGCAGCAGAAAUUUCAGUAAAGUUUGUCGUCUGUCAACAUGUGCAGUGGCUGUAUCAAAUAAAACCUGUAAAGUGGACAUUGGUGUGAUGCAUGAUGGCAAAGCUGUAGUAUGUUUCCACCCUGCUACGGACACUGCAUAUGCGUUGACCAAGCCCAUUCCCAGACACGACCUUAUUGGUGAUACUGCAGAAACACAUAAUCUGAUGUUGAAGUCCAGACUUACUGCUGAAAAUGUAAAGAAUAAGCCGGAUGCAACUAUUGAGGAGCUUUCUAAGAUGUUCUACACCACAAAGCAUCGCUGGUACCCUGUUGGAGAGUAUCAUACAAGACGCAGAAAACGAAAUCCUCCCACUGACAGAUGAGGGGUUUUUUUAUGAGACAUGUAUUCUGUGAUUCUGUGCCUCGUAUACAAUAUCUGAUGUUUGUUUCAUGAUGAAGCCUGAAAUAAACAGCCGUGUAGGAUUUAUGAAAAGAUCA